AUGCAACAGAGUCACCGCAUUUCGGGCGACAAACGGCAUUCCCAGAUUCACCGCGAGGGAUCCAGCGCCGCCAAUAGGCUGCUGGUAAUUCGCUUCUUGGCCAACAAUCUGGACCAUAGCAGGUUCGCCUUCGUGGUCAGCAAGAGGGUUGGCAAUGCCGUUGCCCGGAACCGUAUCAAACGCAGGCUGAGGGAAUCCGUUCGUGGGUGUGACGUGCACUCCGGAUGGGACGCGGUAUUUAUAGCCCGCCGGGGCGUUCAGAACGCCACAUUCCACGACCUGAACCGCGCCGCGCUCAACCUGCUAAGACGAAGUCGUAUAGCGGUUUCAGAAGGGCAACGGCCCAAUGUCGCCGCAGUUGACAGUGAGGUUUCCAAUUCUGGCGGGGAAUCAACCAAAUGA